AUGACCUCUGGCCAGCCAGUGCUGGUAUCGUAUUCUGGCUCGCCAUUCUUUCUUGCUUCUCCGAGCUGGACUAAGAUACAGCAUGCCUUCAACACCCAGCUUCCUCUGCGAAAUAUCCAUUGGAAGUCUUCCUCAAGGACGUCACUCCGAACUAUACAAGAACUCAACGUAACUCUUGUAAAUCUCGAUUCGAUUCGCGACGAACACACCUCCUGUCAGCUUGCUCGAAAAGCCGCUCCUGAAUAUAUACGUCGUAAACUUGUUGCUCACUUGUUACUGCAGGACGCCGAUCUUGAAUCAUACAGAAAUACUGUAAAGAAGCAGGUCAAGGAUUGGCACGCCUCCGUCACCUCACGGAGGAACCAAGAGUGGCUGAUCCUCCAAAUUGUCAAACCCGACGCGAAGGUGCCAACAGGAUCUUUCCUGAAAUUGAAGGGCUCCGUUCUAGACAAGCUGAGAGCUGAUUUUAACGCAGACAAACGGGAUAGAUGUGUCCAAGUAUCUUGGUCAAGCACACAAGAUAGCCCUAUCGCAUGGGGAGAGUUUCUCAAUAAACUCAAAGAUGGCAUCUUCUCUGCAUUUGACACCGCCGUGUUACAGAAAGAAGAUGAUAUCAAACGAUCCGAGGGUCAACGCCUGAUGCCCGGGUGGAAUUUCUGUACAUUCUUCAUACUCAAGGAAAGUCUCGCCAGUUCCUUUGAAGGGAUGAAUCUGGUCUCCGAGGCACUAUUGCAGUACGACGAGCUCGAAGCCUCGUUCUACCAGGUUCUGAGAGAGAAGAAUCUAUCAUGGUUCGGAACCCUGAUCACGCCAGGACUCAAAGAUGAUUCGAGUCCUCUCUUGUCUAUUUCCAAGAAACCAUAUCGCGAUCUCAUCCUUGCUAACACGAUAUCUGUCUUUGACUUUCGAACCUACCUCCUUACUCGUCAAUGUGAAUUACUAGCCAAGUACGGGCAUCUUCCUGAAGUCUAUCGAAAAGUGGGAGCGUUUCUUGGCGCGUUUGGCCGACGAUUGAAAGAGAUUGAAGUGACUGGGUUCAACCUGUUGUUGGAAACUCUCCCGCUACAUUUUGUGGAGUCUUGGAUUUAUUCGUCGGCCUUGAGCGUUGUGGAGAAGUGUGAUGCUUGGCAGUCCGGCUUAAAAGUCGACACAAAGGAGCUUGCCCCGUUUUAUGCUGGUAAAGGCAAGCUCCUUGAACUUGCACGAAGUCAAUUGGACACACUUGGCAUGAAGACCCAGCACCUACCUUGUCGUCCACCUUUUUGUGGGGUGUCUGAUGCAUCAGUAGAGUUAACCGAGACAUCGUCACUGCUGAAGAUCAGCAAUGAACAUUUAUUGAGGGCCCUAGAAGACAAGGAAGCCUUUUACGACCUCUACAUCAAUAUCACGAAUCGCGCCAUCGACAUCCAUCGCGGACGACUAUCUACAGCAUUAACAACGUACACCUCCCUACCCGCGCAUUACGCGCCACAUAAAUGGACGUCACUGCAAUCUCUGAUGCUCUCGCGUGCUUUAGAUAUCCACGAAUCUCUGGAGAAGCCCAAAGACAGAGAAUGGAUACAUAUCCUUCUUUCCUUCCUUUCUAUAUACGUCGAAAAUGGUGCCGAGCUGCUGCUGCUGUGUGAGCAGGACGCGCUUGUGUACGUUCGUCGACUUGUCGAGGAGUUGAAGAGUGCCGCGCCUGAGCUUGAUCAAGACUUUGCAGCGAUUACUGUUCAUAUACCUUCAGAUGCGCGGCCGGCCUCGGAUAGAGACGGGUACGUUUUGGAUGCGGUACUGCAAAGCCAUCUACCUUGCCCUCGAAGGCAACCAACCAACCAACCCGGUGUUCUGGAACAACAGUCUGGAACCCCCUUGGAACUCAACACACGAAGCUACGAGAAAUUUAUACCAUUGAAGGACUGA